AUGGCCGACCAGGACCUCUACAACCUUGAAUUCCUUUCCUUGGUCGCGAAAAUAACACAAGAGAUUGAUAAUUACACUGGGAUCAAUGACAAGACUCUUGCGGAAUUCGUUAUCUCCCUCCAUGAGCAGGCUAACAAGAGCCUGCCCGACUUUAAAGCUCAACUAAAUGAUGUUGGUGCCGACUUUCCAGAUUCUUUUGUUGAGAACGUAGAUCGUUUGAUCCUCAGCAUGCACCCCAAACAUAAGAAGCACUACCCAAAAUCUGCGAAAGCGAACGGGAACUCUAAAGCCGACGAAGGUAAUGGUGAGCUCAGCGAGAAGGAGAGGCAGAAGAGACUUUUCCCUGGACUUGCUCUGCAAGACAAGGACGUACCUCCUGCCGUCCCAGAUGAUGUGUUUUUGCAAGAACUUGGCGACCUUGUUUCUGGGAAGAAGUCGCGCCCUAGUCCAACUCGUGACGAGCCAUCGCCAAAACGUCAGCGGCGGGGUCGCUCACCCUCCCCUAGAAGAAGAAGUCCAAGUCCAGGGAGAGGAAGAGGGGAUCGAAGGGAUGAUAGGUGGGGUGGUCGCAACGGAGGUGGCAGACAGAUGGACGAGCGGCCAGUCAUUUUUAAGAUAUAUAAUGGUAAAGUUACCGGCCUAAAAGAGUUUGGCGCGUUCGUCACUUUGGAGGGGGUUAUGGGGAGAGUAGAAGGCAUGGUUCAUGUAUCCAGCAUUCAGACUGGUGCACGAGCGAAUUCAGCGUCAGAUCUACUUAGCAGAGGGCAACAAGUCAAAGUCAAAGUGAUGAGUGUUGCUGGCAAUAGAAUCGGGCUCUCUAUGAAGGAUGUCGACCAGGUUUCGGGCCGGGAUCUUACUCCACACCUUCGCAUUAUGUCUGAGGCCGAGCUAGAGGAAGAACGCGUUCGAGCAGCGCGUGCAUCUUCAGGUGCCAAUGCCUUGCCACUACGAUCAAAAGAUGAGGGACCCGUCAGGUCUGCCAAACGCCUGACGUCACCAGAGCGUUGGGAAAUCAAACAACUGAUAUCGUCCGGCGCAAUCGACGCAUCAGAGUAUCCAGACCUUGACGAGGACUUCAACAAUCCCAUGGCGCAUGUUCAGGUUGAAGAGGAGUUAGACGUCGAAAUUAGGGAAGAUGAACCGCCAUUUUUGGCCGGACAGACGAAACGAACUCUUGACCUUAGUCCCGUGAAGAUCGUCAAGGCACCUGAUGGCUCCCUCAAUCGAGCUGCUCUUGCUGGAGCGUCACUUGCGAAAGAGCGACGCGAGUUGCGACAACAAGAAGCUAACGAAGAGGCUGACUCUCAGGCUCGAGAUUUCAGCCAACCUUGGCUUGAUCCUAUGUCGAAAGAGACAGACAAGAUGUUCGCCCAAGAUUUGCGCGGGAAUUUGAAGGGUCAAAAGGCUGGAGAGGUUCCAUCUUGGAAACAACAAAGCUUCAACAAAGCAACAACAUUCGGCGAAAUAACAUCAUUGAGCAUUCAAGAUCAACGCAAGAGUUUACCAAUUUACAAGCUUCGAGAUCCUCUUCUGAAAGCCAUCGAGGAGCACCAAGUUCUCAUUGUCGUUGGUGACACUGGAUCUGGAAAGACUACGCAAAUGGUACAAUAUCUUGCCGAGUCUGGGUACGCCGAAAGAGGGAGGAUUGGUUGUACCCAACCUCGUCGUGUAGCUGCCAUGUCAGUGGCGAAACGAGUAUCUGAAGAGGUCGGUUGUCGGCUUGGUCAGGAAGUUGGGUAUACCAUCCGGUUCGAGGAUUGCACGAGUCCUGAAACGCGGAUAAAGUACAUGACGGACGGUAUGCUUCAGCGAGAAUGCUUGAUCGACCCAUUGUGCAGCUCGUAUUCUGUAGUUAUGUUGGAUGAGGCGCAUGAGCGUACAAUUGCUACCGAUGUUCUCUUUGGCCUCCUCAAAAAGGCUGUUAAACGCCGUCCCGAUCUGAAACUCAUUGUGACUUCAGCUACUCUCGAUGCCGAAAAGUUUUCGAAAUACUUCUUCGGAUGCCCAAUCUUCACCAUCCCUGGCCGAACGUAUCCUGUCGAGAUUCUGUACACCAAGGAGCCAGAGUCAGAUUACCUCGACGCCUCUCUCAUCACCGUCAUGCAAAUCCAUCUUUCGGAACCUCCUGGUGAUAUCCUACUCUUCCUCACUGGGCAGGAGGAAAUUGAUACUGCUUGUGAAAUUCUUUUCGAGCGUAUGAAAGCCCUGGGACCCAAAGUUCCUGAACUUCUCAUCCUCCCAAUCUACUCAGCCCUCCCAUCCGAAGUACAGUCCCGAGUAUUCGAGCCGACGCCCCCUGGAGCUCGUAAAGUUGUUAUUGCUACGAACGUCGCAGAAACGAGCUUGACGAUCCCAGGAAUUUACUAUGUCAUUGAUCCAGGGUUCUCGAAGCAGAAUGCAUACGAUCCGAAGUUAGGAAUGGACUCCUUGGUCGUCAUGCCUAUCUCGCAAGCGCAGGCCCGGCAACGUUCUGGUCGAGCUGGGAGAACAGGUCCCGGAAAGUGCUAUCGGUUAUACACGGAGGCAGCAUAUCGAAACGAGAUGCUUCCCAACUCUAUCCCCGAUAUCCAACGAACCAAUCUUGCUGCUACCAUCCUUCAAUUGAAGGCCAUGGGCGUUAACGAUCUGCUCAGCUUUGACUUCAUGGAUCCCCCACCUGCACCGACAAUGUUAACCGCCCUGGAGUCAUUAUAUGCGCUCUCAGCGUUGGAUGACGAGGGCUUGUUGACGAGGUUGGGGCGAAAAAUGGCUGAUUUCCCGAUGGAACCACCAUUAGCAAAAAUGUUGAUUGCAUCUGUAGAGUUGGGAUGCUCAGAGGAAAUUCUUUCCAUCGUUGCCAUGCUUUCUGUUCAAAGCGUGUUCUACCGACCAAAGGAGAAACAAGGGCAGGCUGAUUCUAAGAAAGCAAAGUUCCAUCAGCCUGAAGGUGACCACCUAACCCUGCUUACGGUUUACAAUGGUUGGAAGGCGGCAAAUUUCUCAAACCCGUGGUGUUAUGAGAACUUCAUCCAAGCCAGGAGCAUGAGAAGAGCACAGGAUGUAAGAAAGCAGUUACUUGGCAUCAUGGAUCGCUAUAAACAUGACAUAUUGUCGGCUGGCAGAGACUACAACCGAGUUAGGAAGGCCAUUUGCUCUGGCUUCUUCCGGAAUGCUGCCAAGAAAGAUCCUCAAGAGGGAUACAAGACGCUAGUCGAAGGUACCCCGGUGUACAUCCAUCCAUCUUCUGCGCUUUUCAACCGGAACCCGGAGUGGCUUGUUUACCAUGAACUUGUGUUGACAACCCGCGAGUAUUGUCAUAAUGUGACAGCCGUUGAACCCAAAUGGCUUGUGGAGGUUGCGCCACAAUUCUUCAAAGUUGCUGAUGCGAACAAAAUCAGCAAACGUAAGCGACAGGAGAAGAUUGAACCGCUGUUCAACAAAUACGAGAAACCGGACGAAUGGCGUUUGUCAAAAAUCAAGCGCAGCGCUCGCUCGAGUCAAACAUUCGGAUGA